GCGCACUGCGCCGAGGAACCGACCGGGAGAGACUGGUGAGAAUAUUAGGUUUAAUAGAAUCUUUCACACAACGUUAUCGCUCGACAAUGGAUGUUGUGGUGGCGCUCUUGUUUCUCUACAUGGCCCCAGCGUGGAUAUGCGAGGGGAAAAUGGAGCUGAAACCAGUGUCAACAGUGUACGUACCGUUCACUGUGUACGAAGGGGAGGCGUACUACAGGAUGGGGGUGGGAGCUGCCGAGCAGUGCACGUACGACAAGAGGAACAGGAUGGUGUACACUAUAGGCGAGCAAGGACUGAUUAACGUUAUCGACAUCUCCGAUCCUCUCAACGCCACCUUGGUUCACUCCCAGUUUCUUCCCAACGGAAUGAAAACAGGUACAGACCUGGAGGUGUGUGGAGAUGUUCUAGGUGUCAGCAUGACUGCGCAGGUCAAAGCCGAACGGGGGUCGGUCCUUAUUUACGACUUAUACAGACGGGGGAAAAGCAACAUGGAGCUACUUUACAACAUCUCAGUUGGCUUCCAUCCCGACAUGCUGCUCUUCACCGAUGACUGCAGGAGGCUGGUGACGUGUAACGAGGGAGAGGAUGGAGAAGACGCUAAUGGAGAUUGGAGAAAUCCUGAAGGUUCAGUUUCUAUCAUCGACUUCUACUCCGAGGAGGAAAACGCAACUGAACCGUACUCCGUCAGGACGGCCUCCUUCCAGAAGUUCGAUAGUAGGGCGGAUGAGUACGUAAGGCGAGGCGUGCGGUGGGUGUUCCGCGGCUUCCCUGGUGACGACGAAGAGUUCCAACUGUCUCAGGAGCUGGAGCCGGAAUACGUCACCUUCAACAAGGACGAGACUAAGGCGUACGUCGUCAUGCAGGAGAAUAACGCAGUCGCCGUUGUAGACCUUGCCACAGCUUCAGUAGACGAGCUGUACUCGCUGGGCGUUAAGAACUGGGCCGAGUCAGGAAUGGACGCAAGUGACAAGGACGGCGGUAUACGUAUCAACAACUGGCCUAUCUACGCCUACUACCAACCGGACUGCAUCAAAUACCUAGAGGUCGGAGGUCACGGUCUGCUCCUCACGUCCAAUGAGGGUGCCGUUAGGACAACCCUCGGGAAGGGACGGUACUUCAGCGAGGUGUGGAGAGGGGAACGGUUCGUAGAGAAUGCCGUGCUUGCGCCAUCAGUCACUGGCAUGAUGGCCGUGGCGUUGGGAGACAACACCAUGCUUGGUCGUCUAAAGUUCACUAAUUGUGAUGGGAAUUCAUCUCGAUACCCGGGCAUGUUUGAUACGUUUUACACCUUCGGAGGAAGAAGCUUUUCCCUGUGGAACGCGACCACUCUAGAACAGAUAUGGGACAGCGGCGAUGACGUAGAGGCCAGGCAUGCGCAGUACUACCCUUCCCUGUUCAACAGUGAGUACAAGAGCAAGUACAAGGACGACCGGCCCACCUGGACCAUGGACGAGGCGUCUUCUGACAUGGUGACGUAUCUAUGUGGUAACAUUGUCUGCGGGGGAAAGGUGUAGCAUUUUAGAUUAGCCAACAAAGUGCACACAGAUAGUCUUCAAUAUGAAGCUUACAUGGUACAGCAGGAACUUUACCGCCGUGAAACACCCUGCUGGCUAUCUGAUGUAAGGAAACUCUUAGAGGAGUCCGGCUUUGCCUACCUGUAUAUAAACGGUCA